AUGUACCGAACAAGCAUCAUGCUGUGCUUCUUCCUCCUGGUUUAUUAUUUGUCAAGUGCGACAUGCUCAGAGCUGCUGAGCCGCCACAGAAGGACAUGGAUUGUUGACUCCUUUACUAUCGAGGAGGGGCAUCCAGGGCCCUUCCCGUAUGAGCUGGGCAAGAUUAAGAUUGAGCGAGACUAUCGAGUAUACUUUGAUCUCUAUGGGGAAGGAGUGGAUGAGGAGCCAAAGGGAGUUCUGUCCAUCCAUGAAGAGUCUGGCAUCGUGUCUGUCCACAAGGCUCUGGACUACGAGGAGAAGACAGUACUAAAGCUGAAGUUUGAGGCCAGAAAGACGGAUUUGUCGAUUGACACCAAAUUAGGAGUUGAGUUGUACAUACUGGACAUCAAUGACAACCCACCACGGUUUCAGACGGAUCUGUACGAAAUCACUGUAGGCGAAGAAACCACACAAGGCUCACAUCUGCUGACUGUGUUAGCCUAUGAUAGAGACCAGAGCGGGACACCAAACUCAACAUUUCACUAUGAAAUGAAGUCUGUGUCUCCAAACCCUCCAGAUACUGAGUUCUUCAUUGACAAGUCUGGAACGAUCUCAUUUAAAGGAUGUUUGGACUAUGAGGUGGCUGAAAUGUUCACAGUGAUAGUGGAGGCCAAAGACCAUGGUGAAGUCGUCAGUCUGUCCAGUUCAACCACUGUUGUCAUUCACAUCCAGGACGGCAACAACCACAUCCCAACCAUCAGCGGACACACAGGCUCUGGCAAAGUAAAAGAAGGGGAGACUAGGACCUCUCCUUUGCGGCUGCACGUGACAGACAGUGACACCUCAAACAGCUUGGCAUGGAGAGCCAAAUACACCAUUCAGGGUGACGAGGGAGAGCACUUUCAAAUAGAAACAGACCCAGGCACCAAUGAUGGAAUCCUGACAGUCAUCAGACCUUUAGACUACGAGGAGGGGGCCCAGAAGGAGCUGACCAUCUCAGUGGUAAAUGAAGCACCAUUUUUCUCCUGUAAAGUGAAGGAGAGGACGUCCUCAGGCCUGUGGACAGUUGACGCCAGCACAGGUAAUGAUCCUGAUGCACCUCAGCCUCACUCUGUAAAAGUCACCAUCGAAGUCGAGGAUGUCAACGACCCCCCAGAGUUCAGUGUGACUAUCAAAGAGGCCAAGCUGGAGGAAAAUGCACCUAUUGGAACCUGGGUAGAGAAAGUCACUGCUGUCGAUCCUGACUCCAGUCAUGCAAGAGAUUUUGUGUACAAGGUGGGAAAUGAUCCUGCAGGCUGGGUGACGGUUGAUCCUCACACAGGAGACAUCACAACAGUCAAGUCACCGGACAGAGAAUCUCCUCAUGUUGUUAACGGUGUCUACACUAUCAUACUGCAUGCAGUGGACGAUGAUGAGCCACCUUUGACAGGCACAGCCACACUGAACAUCCGUGUGACUGACCAGAAUGACAACAUUCCUCAGCCAACAGUGGAUUAUGUGGAUGUGUGUCUGUCUGAGCGCCCCAGCAUCACCAACAUCACAGCCUUUGACCUGGAUGAUAAUCCUUUUGGAGGGCCUUUCACAUUUGAACUGCUUGGGGAUAUUGGAGGAAAAUGGAAACUGAGUCCUUCAUAUGGAUACACGGCUGGCCUGGUGAAGGAGCCUGAUGUGUACGCUGGCCCUCACACAAUUGAUCUGAAGAUCUCUGACAUGCAGGGAGAGUUUGGCAUUUACAGACUCAAUGUGACUGUGUGCGACUGCUCUGUGACACCUGACUGCCGAAGCCUCAGAGGCACUGCCACAACUGCUGCCUCUGGUGCGAUAGGCGUAGCAUUUGCCUCACUGUUUUUACUCCUGUUUCUGCUGCUGAUGGCAAUCGUCCUUACCUGCAAAAAAGAAUUCACCACAUUGCACACUAUUGAUUCCUCUGGAGAAACCCUCCUCACAUCAAACAUUGAGAAACCAGGAACAGACUGCAAGCUUCCCGACAGCAUCCUGGCAGCGUCCACUGAUAAGACACACCAUGACCCAUCUAAGUGUCAAAGUCUCCACGAUGGAAUGAAACACAGCAGAGUUUCAACAAAGGAGACAGAGCAAAACUUUAUCUACAAACACUUUGGAGAUUACAGAACGCAAAAUGUGUCCUACCUUAUCAAUGAGAACUGGAACCAGACGACUUGGAAUUCUUUUAUAGCCAAUGGCUACCAUCACAACCACCAGAUGGACAUGAGCAAAAUGAACGCCCUCUACAGAAGGAACUCAAGCUAUGGGACAGAUGCAGCUGUUCUCCAAGCCCUGCUUCAUCGGAGGCUCUCCUGUCUGCAGGAUAAAGAGGGAGAUCUGAUGGACUAUCCGCCUCACGUCUACGCAGAUGAGGGGGACUCGGACAACCAUUCGGUGCUGGAGAACAUUAUAAUUCCUGAAGACGACUCAUUUUACAGAGCGCUGGAAGACUUGGGCCCCAGGUUCAAGGAACUGGCCUCCAUUUGCAGGCAACCAAAUAAGCAAACCUAAA